AUGACUUCAAGUCUUCCCAUCAGGCAGAGUGGACCAAAGUAUGGCGUCGACAAAUCACAAGCCAAAUAUGACAGAGCAGUUGAGAUUAUAAAAGAGAGACUCCCAACCAUGGGUUCUCUCAAAGGACUUCUUGUGGUAAAUUUAGGAGGUGGACGUCCAGAUAUUAUCAUCGAUGCCCGUGGCGAGCCAAAGCUCUUGGAAAAAACAGAUGAGGAGCCUGAUACCAAAGUCAACACAAAGUCAGACUACAUUAUUCAGUUCUAUAAUGGCGCACUUGAACCACGUUACGGGUAUCUCAACUCCAAACUCCAAAAUAGAAUACAGUGAAGGCUAACAGAUUGCUCUCGCAGUCUAUUCAAGGACGCUUUCUUCCACGAAGCCUCGUUGCCACAAGGAAAUCUUCGGAUUGCCAUCAAAUUUGCCGACGCUCUUUGUCCAGUGAACCCAAGUCCCCCCAAGCAUUACGAUGGAACAGAGAGGCUCCCAAAGCCAACUGAAGACCUUGAACAGGUCAAGAGCGAUGUCAGAGAAUUUGGAUAUGGUCUUGUGAAGAAUGCACUCACUCCGGAAGAGGUGGAGAAGUUGAGCUCAGCUCUCAAGCAGCAGGCCGCCGGGGAAACAAAAGCUGGAGUGUCUAGCACCGAUGGUGGACCAAACGCUCCUAACCAGCGUAUUUGGACUCUCAUCAAUAAAGGACAGGAGUUCGUCGACCUGCUUGAGCACCCCCUUAUCGAAGAAAUUGUUCCCGAGAUUCUCGGCGAGCAGGCUAUCAUCAACAGCUACACUGCCAACAUUGCACGUCCUGGUAAUGUUCCAAUGCAACUACAUACCGAUCAAGUCGCGAUUCAACCACCGAUUCGGGACAUCCCAUUCGGACUGAACAUAAUGUGGUUUCUCACGGAUGUAACAAAGGAGAAUGGCGGCACACGUGUUUUCCCAGGCUCUCAUAUUGGUCCAAUUGCGCCUGACGAUAUUUUUGACCUCGAGGGCUCCGUUGCAGCCGAAGGUCCAGCAGGUACCGCUCUCGUUUUCGAGAGUAGAAUCUGGCAUGCCACCGGACCAAAUCGAGAGACUUCUGGCGAGCGACCAGUCAUUAUGGCGUUCUUUUUCAGGUCAUUUCUUCGACAGCAAGAGAACAACUUCUUGUCUAUCAGAAAGGAAGUGGAGGAGAAUCUCUCGGACAAGGUCAAAGCGCUUCUUGGGUAUCGAACUACUGGUGCUUUAGGAGGUGUUGAAGGAGAGGUUCGGGAGGGAAUUUUCGUCAUGAAGGUUGCGAAUCCAAUUGGGCCUUUCCGCGAUGCAUAG